UGGUGCAAGUGGGGUGGCUUAAAAGUUAAUUUGGAUGUAGAGGUGUCGCCGUAUUAGUGGCAGCAAGCACUGGAUAACGCCGGGGAGGCAGCAGUUACAUUGCCGUGUGCCUGCUGGUGCAGUUCGGGUGCUUAUUGUGAGCUGGGGUAGCAACUGCCCUGCACAGAGCUCCCCAAAAUGCUCACCCCAGCAGAGCUGCAUGUGUGUGCAGGAAUGUGUGUGACCAGAGCCGGCUGGGCAUCCUCCCCUCUGGGCUAUGAGAUGGAGGGUUCUGAGGAGCUGGAGAGCAGCCUCCUGACACAGCCCUGGGCUUCUGUUUGCUUUGGUGAGUCCACUUUUCUUGCCAAAGCGUGCUUCAGGGAUACUGGCUACAUCCUGCUGAUCUCCGACCUCAGCAGCGUCUGGUACGAGAGUGCAGAUGCCGAGGCCGUGGGACAAAGGUCCAAGGAGCUGAACAAGCGGCUGAUGGUCCAUGUGUCCUCCUUCCUGCACCGCUUGCGUGACCUGAUGCACCCCUUGCUGGCAGGGCAGCCAGACGCUGCCACCUCCUUCUCCUGCCCCCAUGCUGCCAGCGGCCUCAGCCUGCACGUGAAGAGCGAGGUCUCAGGGCUGCCCUUCUACUGGGACUUCCACUGCUGCCCUGCUCCAGUGGAGAUGGUGUCCCGUCACCUUGUGCGGCCCCUGAUUCGCAUGAGCCUGGCGCUGCAGUACCAGGUGCGAGAGCUGACCUCCCUGCUGCUGCAGAAGGAUGCUGAGAUCGAAGACUACAGGGAGAGUGGGGCUGCUCUCAGCAGAGACCGCCUGCGGACAGAGCCCUUCCAGGAGCAGAUGUUUCAGCGGAACUUCAUGGCUGAGAGCCUGCCCAAGAUCUGCGGUGUGGGAGAGGGUCAGGCGUUUGCCUCCGCUCUGCAGAAGCUCUACACAGUGGUGACGCAGCAGGAGGCCAAGCAGGCUCGGAAACGGCAGCGCUCGGAGGACACCGAGGGCCCGGCACCCACUACAGAAACUGCAGAGCACCCCCAUCCGCCACCCCUACUCCAGGAGGAUGAAACAGCGUCUUCCAGCGAGGCAACCACGCCAACCUCUUCCCCAGCUCAGAAGCCCCGGCUGCCUGCAGCCAAGGCCAAGCCGAAGAAGGCAAAGGGGCUCUUCAGCUGAAACGUCACUGCCACCCACCCCAAAGGUCUCUGGUGCCCCCAGCAUCCGAGAGAGGCAGUGCAGAGCACCCGUGCACCCUCUGCCU